UGGUUGGUGUUGGAGGAGAGCGGCUGCAACCUUGAGCCCUUUGGUUGGCCGCACUAUGUCGAGAAGGCGGGUGUAGAAGCUCUGCAGAGCGUUGUGAGUGGGAGAAGGACGACGACCCGAGGCGAUAAGGCGUUGAACAGGCGCUGAAGCUGGUCAUACGGCGUUCAGCGGCGAGUCUUAUGUUCUAGGAGCUGCUGGUGGGAAGGGGAGCAACAUGGCGGCGCAGAAAGCUGUAUGUGUCUUGAGUGGCGAGUCCUCCGUCAAGGGCGUCAUUUUCUUCGAGCAAAAGGGUAAUGGGCCAGUAACUGUUUCAGGACAAAUUGAAGGAUUGACUCCAGGGAAACAUGGCUUCCACAUCCAUGAAUUUGGAGAUAACACAAAUGGAUGCACCAGUGCAGGCCCUCAUUUCAAUCCUGAGGGGAAGAACCAUGCUGGGCCAGAGGAUAAAGAGAGGCAUGUUGGGGAUCUUGGAAAUGUGACUGCAAACCCCAACGGUAAGGCAGAUGUGUCGAUACAAGACCAUGUUAUUUCUCUCACGGGACCACAUUCCAUUAUUGGACGUACCGCAGUGGUUCAUGAGAAAGAAGAUGACCUGGGUAGAGGAAACAAUGAAGAAAGCUUGAAAACUGGAAAUGCUGGUGCUCGUCUAGCUUGUGGUGUGAUUGGAUUAGCUAAGGCUUAGAUUUGUCAAGACUAACAUUGUAUACUAAAAGCCGUUCAUAUGGAGUGUAAAUGUAUCUGUGGCAUUAAAGUGUUCUGGCUUUGCUUAGAGUAAAAGCUGCAAUUUCA